AUGCCGAGAGUGGUGGUGACUGGUCUGGGUGCUGUGACGCCUUUGGGAGUGGGAAUCCGAACGACAUGGAAGCGCCUGCUGAAGGGCGAAUGUGGCAUUGUCUCGACGAAACAUCUCGGCGCUGAGUUCACUGCCUUACCAAGUCAGGUCGCGGGAAUUGUUCCAGUGACUCCCGACGAUGGCGACGGGGCAUGGGUCGCAGAAGACCACAUCUCUGCUUCUGAAUUGCGGCAAACGGCGAAAUUCGCUCAGUAUGCCCUGGCAGCAUCCGAAGAGGCGUUGACAGAUGCGGGCUUCGAGGGCGGGAAAGGCCUCAACCCUGAAAUGACGGGUGUAUGUCUCGGAUCAGGCAUUGGGAACCUCCAGGAGCUCUAUGAUACUUCUAUUGCCUACCACCAAGCUAACAACAACUACCGCAAGAUCCACCCACUGUUCGUCCCACGGCUUCUCAUCAACCUUGGAGCUGGCCAUAUUUCCAUGAGGUAUGGAUUGCGGGGCCCAAACCAUGCUGUCACCACGGCGUGCACGACUGGUGCUCACUCUCUCGGCGACGCUGCUCGAUUCAUCAAAGCCGGGGAGGCAGAUGUCAUGCUUGCUGGAGGAGCCGAAUCCUGCAUUCACCCUCUCGCAAUCGGUGGGUUUGCCAGAUCACGAAGUUUGGCGACUGACUGGAAUGACAACCCUUCUUUAUCGUCCCGACCAUUCGACAAGGAAAGAGCAGGGUUCGUCAUUGCGGAGGGGGCUGCGUGUGUUGUAUUGGAGGAGCUCGAGCAUGCCAAAGCGAGAGGGGCACCCAUCUACGCCGAGCUAGCUGGGUACGGCAACUCGGCUGAUGCAUUCCACUUGACUGCUCCGCGAGAAGACGGGAGCGGUGCGUUCCUAGCCAUGAAGAAAGCCCUUCAAGCUGCAGAUCUGCCUCCGUCAAAAGUAGACUAUAUCAAUGCCCACGCCACAUCCACCCCGCUUGGGGAUGCUGCUGAGAACAAAGCCAUUGAAUCGUUAAUGCUGGGAGAGCAUGGAAAGAGCAGGGCUAGCGAUAUCAAUGUCAGCAGCACCAAGGGUGCCAUCGGCCAUCUCUUGGGCGCGGCAGGUGCCAUAGAGGCAGUCUUUAGCAUUUUGGCUAUCCAUGAGAACAUUCUGCCUCCGACCAUCAACUUGAAAUCCUGGGACCAGGGGUUUGAUUGCAACUAUGUUGCGAAUACCGCACAACAAAUGAAAACCAAUGUUGUGCUUACAAACAGUUUUGGUUUUGGCGGUACAAAUGCGAGUCUAUGCUUCACAGCACUUGACUGA